AUGUCAUAUUGCUUUUGUAACAGCUUCCGCUUCCUCUCCGUCGCACAGCGAGGAAAAGCGAACGUUAUCAGAAGGUUUAGAAAGGUUAUCGGGAACGUUUCAUCUAUUUGACAGAGAACAUUUAAAUGGAGCGUGUUAAUGGAGACAAUCAAGACUGGCCGAUGCAGCGACGAGUGGAUUGUUUUGUGAACAAACAUUUGGCAGACAUUGCUCUGGAAAGCCUGCAGCAGAGGCUGACUGCAGUGUCCGAGGAGAUGCACACUCUGGCCGAACACAUCUCCAAACGCUCAGGGGAAGAGUUCAAAGCCGAGUCUCAGCGAGGGGACGUCACCAUCGGGACGGAGUCGCCGCUCUCCUCCACCUGUCUCCCCGGCGCUGACAAGUUCAUUUCUGCCCCUUCCACAGAGACCGCGGCUCAGCGGAAGAUCAUCGCCCUACUGGUGGAGAUCAGAGAGGAGCAGCAGAGGCAGUGGGCAGUGCUGAGGGAUCUUCAGGCCCAGCUGCAGGGGCACUCUGGCUAUGAGGAAGAGGACGUGGAGGAUCUGGACAUGGAUCUCCCCCUGAGGACCCUUGAGCAGCUGGAUGAGAUGGAGAGACAGCUGGAGGACACAGGAAUACAGAGGAGAAUGGUGUCUUACCUGUCACGGAUGGGCGGGGCCACUGUUGAUGAUGCUGUGAGGCGUCUUAUGCAAGCUGUGCUUUCAUUCGCUGUUGGGUCUGAGCUUAACUGGGUGGGUCGUGGACAGAAGAGAAGCUUCAGGAACACUCGUCUCCAAGGGGUCCUCUUCCGUGCUCUGAAAAGAACACCAGUGGGAAAGGAGGCCACACAUCACCAAUAUGCUGACGUAGUGAAGAAAUGGCUGCGGUUUGCUCCGUUCAGGCAGGGAGGGUCCGGCCGUCGCUGCUACAGACCCCCUGUGGAGUUACCAGAUUCUGAAGAAACUGACUGAGUUUCAACCAAAGCUGCAUAUACUGACAUUUAUCUCACUUAUUAGUUAUUCCAAGAUACCUAAACUUUAGGGUUUCCAUUCUGUGGUGUGCCUUUUGGAGCAAUACUUCAAAAAUUGAAUGAAGGAUGUCUUUUUUUAAGUAUUGGUCAUUGCACAUCAGUAUCAAUAGAAUUUCCUCUAUUUUUAUUCCCUAAUGCACAUUUGUAACUCUGCUGAGGGUUACUUAAACAGCAUAUAAGAAUGUGUGCAGUGGGUGUUCACAAUUUAGACUGCAGGGGGCGAUGAAAUCAAAGCAUUUAUCGCAACAUACUGGGCUAAUUUUGUCAAAGUGGUUUAAGAUGCCCUCCGUGCAUAGAGUGUGUGUGAAAGCAUACAUAGAAAUUUUUGCAAUGUGUGUCUGACAUGACAACAUUAAAAUGAAACCGAAUCAGAUUUUCGCUUAGAAUGUGAAAACAGCCUUAUAGUGUCAGACUCUGCAGAUACAUCAAGCUACACAGUGAGGCGCAAACAUUCAGCUACAGGAACAAGAAGAAAACACUUCAGGGGGGCUUUCAAAUGAUUAAGAAAUUUUUCUCAUCCCUAUUAUCCCAUCCAUCCAUUUUCUGUCUGUACCGCUUAUCCAUCAGGGUCGCGGGGGAGCUGGAGCCUAUCCCAGCUGACUACAGGUGAGAGGCAGGGUUCACCUGGACUGGUCGCCAGUCAAUCACAGGGCCAACACACAAAGACAGACAACCACACGCUCACACACUCACACCUAGGGGCAAAGUAGAGUAGCCAAUUAACCUAAUGUGCAUGUUUUUGGGAAAACCCACGCAGGUACAGGGAGAACAUGGUACAUGGAACAUGGCUGGAACCCUCUUGCUGUGAGGCAACAGUGCUAACCACAGCACCACCGUGCUGCCCCCAUUAUUCCCUGUCUGAAAAUGGAACGUUAACAUUUACCAGUAAUUGCACUUUUCACAGCUAAACGAAUAUUAUCCACAGUUAAAGAAAAAAAAAUUACUUCACGUCAUGAUUUGGCCAUACUGUGAAUCAAGGAUUCUUCUACAUUUUGCUUUAAAGAUAUAUGUAGCAUUUCUACAUUAAAAUGUCUAAAAAUGACUAGAUGUCUGUAAGAUAUGUUGUUGAAUUCUGUACUUGCAUUAUCCCAAAUGUGUCAAACAAUGUUCAAACCCAUAAAAUUUAUUAAGGUGA